AGUUUCCCCCCUCUCCUUCCUGUUUCUUUUUCCUCUCUAUCACCAUGGUCAAUAAGCGAGAGGCCGAACGUAAAAAAUUAGCCAAGCAAAAGGCUGUGGAGAAACGACGGGGAUACAAGUCCAGUAAAAGCGACGAAGAGUCUGUGGACACCAAGGCCGAGCUUGAGAAGCAGAUCCACGAUACCAGCGCCAUGGAGAAGCCGGAGAUUCUGCAGCAUGCUACUAUUACUGGUCAUCGCACGUCACAGUAUCUGGCAAAGGACAUCAAGAUUGAGCAGUUCAGUAUGAUAAUAGAAGGCAAGGAGUACAUUAAGGAUACCACUCUGGAGCUCAACAUGGGUCGAAGAUACGGUAUGAUUGGUCUCAAUGGUAGCGGCAAGAGUACCAUCCUGCAGGCGUUGGCCGCUCGCUUGGUUGACAUUCCGGACUAUGUCGAUAUAUGGCUUCUACAUGAAGAGUAUCCCCCUUCUGAGCAGACCGCUCUCGAGGCCGUCAUUAGCUAUGUCGCCACCGAGCAAAAGAGGCUCGAGGCACUUAUGAUGGACAUCAUGGAAAACCACCCUGAGAACAUCGACUUGGUCGAGCAGAUCGGUUUCCGUCUGGACGAGCUCGAUCCCCAAACCUUCGAGAUUCGGGCUAGGGAGCUCCUCACUGGUCUCGGCUUCAAAGAGGAUAUGGUCCAGAAGAAGACGAAAGAUAUGAGUGGUGGUUGGAGGAUGCGAGUAGCGCUCGCCCAGGCUUUGUUCGUCAAGCCUACUUUGCUGUUGCUUGAUGAGCCUACCAAUCAUCUGGAUUUGGAGGCGUGUAUUUGGUUGGAGAACUACUUGUCCAAGUACGAGAAGAUUCUCGUCGUCGUAUCGCACUCGCAAGAUUUCCUUAACGGUGUGUGCACCAAUAUCUGGCACUUGACUUGCCAGGGUACCUUUGAGUACUACAGUGGUAAUUAUGAUACCUUCGUGCGCACGCGUGCUGAGAAUGAGGCCAAUCAGCUGAUGAAGUGGAGGAAGGAGCAAGACGAUAUCAAGCACUUGAAGCAGUUCAUCGCUACCAGUGGUGGUAUGGAGAAGGCCGUCCGUCAGGCUCAGUCCAAGCAGAAAAUCAUAGACAAGAUGGUUGAGGCUGGCCUCACUGAGAAGCCCGUUCCGGAUCCGGUCUAUUCCUUCCGUUUCCCUGAGUGCGAUAGGCUACCUCCCCCGGUGUGUUCCUUCAACGAUGUCACUUUCGCCUACAGUGGCAAGGUGAAGGAUAUCCUGUAUCAGCACAUUAGCUUUGGUAUCGACCUGGACUCAAGAGUUGCCCUUGUUGGUCCCAAUGGUGCGGGCAAGACAACUUUGUUGAAGUUGAUGGAGGGCAAGUUGGAGCCCAACCUGGGGACUAUCUCUCGUCAUGCUCACUUGCGAUGGGGUAGGUUCAACCAGCAUUCGACUGACCAGCUAGAUCUCACCAAGUCGCCUUUGGAAUUCAUGCGCGAGAAGUUCGCCAAUGGUCUCGCCACUGUGGACGGCACGAAGGUCCUCGGAGUAGAAGAAUGGCGGUCGAAACUGGGCCAAUUUGGUAUCAUUGGUCAGUGGCAAACUCAGCCUAUGGAGACCAUGAGUCAUGGUUUCCAGGCUAGAGUAGCCUUCUGCUUGGUCGCUCUGGCUAACCCACAUGUUCUCCUAUUGGAUGAGCCUACGAAUCAUUUAGAUAUGUCCUGUAUCGACUCUCUUGCCAAGGCCAUCAACAACUACAAUGGUGGUCUCGUGCUUGUUAGUCAUGACUUCCGUCUGAUCUCUCAAGUGGCCAAGGAGAUCUGGGUCGUGGAUCACGGUGUGAGUAGGUGGGACGGUAGCAUUGAGGAUUACAAGAAGUCCUUGACGAAGCAAGUGUUACGGUCUGGUCAUCGCAAGAGAGCUCCCCAGGUGGCCAGUACGAACUAGUUGUAUGUCGCCUCUUGUAUUAAUGGCAGUAGUCAUGCCACUACUGCCACUGUAAUAUACCACUUGGAUAUCACACUGCAUGUCUACGUCAUCAACUCAAUUUCGACAUGUUCUGUUGUGGUAUUUUGUAUAAUCAUAGGUCUAGUAUGUAUCUUCUCUAGCAUACCGGCCUUGGUUUACAACCGUUACUACUCACUGUCAUCUCUUACCGAGGCUCUCGUCGGCUCGUCUACGGGUUCUGAUCCGAUCGGCUAUGCCAUGAUUCGGAUUAGUGGCCGGAGCUAGAGGCCUCGCGCUCGUCUUACCUU